GUUGGAGAAUGCUGGGGGUUGUGGUUCGGAAGCCACUGGAUAACAAAGACACAGGUUGAAUGCUGCUGCUCAAAUACAAGCAAAGCUAAUGGCUGUGGCUGUUUCUACAGGGUUUGUUCAUCUGAACUUAAAUAUUUCACAUUUCAGGGCAAGCAUUUACCUAAAAUGAUCUAAAACAAUACAGACUAUUUUCGAGUAAUAACAGGGACUCUAAUAAGAAAUGUCUGAGAUUAUUAAAGAAUUAUAAAGGAAAAAGUUUAGAUAAGAACUUAAACAGUGCAGCAAGAGCAAAUCAGUAAUUCACUGUGCUGCUGCCUGUCUGGUAAUGCUAUUGGAUUACGCAAAUACUGAAACGCAAAGAAGGUAGAAGGGAGAUUGAGAUAGACAGAGGGAGGAAAGAUCAGUGGAAAAUCUUUAAAAGUGAUGUAAGGGAAGCAAAGGCAGGGAUUGGAGUGUGGAGGCUGGAACAGGGACUAUAAAAUCUCACAGAACAAGCUCAAAAGCAAGGAUUAAGCAGAAAUAGCAAGCAAAGCAGCAUCAGGACAUCACUUUGGAAUCAGCUUAAUUACACUCAAGAUGCUGGAGUGGCACUGUGUUAGUGUCAGCCUUCUCCUUGCUGUUUCUUUUGUACAGUGGACAUCUACAAAAGCAGUUCCUGCUGAGCCUUCUGCACAGUCACUGGACACAGCAAUUGUGCUGGAUGGCAGCUCACGUUCAGUCUCCAGUGAAGAGAAGUCAGCAGCAGACCUGGCAGCUAAAAUCCUACUUCUCGAUGAGCUUGUCUCUCUAGAAAAUGACGUGAUUGAAACCAAGAAAAAGAGAAGCUUCCCUGGAUUUGGCUCUCCUCUUGACAGACUUUCUGCCGGCACCACAGAAUUUAAGGGCAAGCAGAGAAAGGUUGUUGAACUUCCUAAAAGAAGAUUUGGAAUUCCGCUUGACAGAAUUGGCAUGAACCGUCUUGCUAAUACAAGAGGCUAAUAGAUUUCAACAGUUCAGCCCUGAUGAUAUAUGAUGCAUCUCAGAAGCCACCAAAACACUGAUGUCUCAGAGAGCUCCUGUAUUUGAUUUAUGUUUCACUGUGGAAUGAACUGACCAUCUAUAAAUCCAUUUUACAUUCUCUUGUCAAAAUAAUAAUAGAUUCAAUCCAUCAGAUCACAACUUUUACAGGUAGGGUGUGUCUGCUCUGAUCAAAGGGUAGAAGUGUUUAUAUUGGGUAGGGUCUUAUACUGUAUCACACUUAAACCAGGAAAAUCAGAAUGUAUUUAUUUUUUUCCAUUUUAUGAUUGGGAACUGAAUUAAAACUUUCUAAAACUACUAAGCAUAUUUCAUAUCACCUCAUUAUCACCACGUUAUAAAAAGGUGAUAACUCACUUGCUAGAUAGACUUAAUGGUCUUCUAAAUCAUUUAGAUAAUUAAAUCGAAAUUGCUAUGUGCAUAAUGUCAUGACUUUAAAUUCUAAUUCAGACUAAUAAUUGCAAGUCAAGUUCCAUAUUCUAGCUUGCAGUAAUUUCUGUUGACCAUCACAGAUUUGAGGCAUUUAAAGUGAUGACUCCAGUAAGCUAACAGCACUUUACACCACUCUGGAGAUUGUUUUAAACACACGAUUGUUACAGACAAUAUUGCAUUCUGGUUGUGGUCUCAGUCUUGAUUUUUCCGAGAAAUGUCUGUGACAUUCCAAGCCUUAUUGGCCCUAUAAUUUGUGUUGGCUGAAAAGCCGCAGGACUCAAAAAGCAGAAAUGUGCUUAAAAAUAUAUGUGGAUCUGCAGCAAGCAUUAGUUUUAUAGCACAUUAGAAAAUGCGAUCCAGCAUGCAAUAUUCUGCUACCAUUUAAGAUGAGCAAGACACACUAUGGGGGUUAUUUAUCAAGGUCCAAAUUUAGCUCAGUAUUUCUAAAUUAAAAAUCCAAGCAACUCCGAU